AUGAAAAAUACAAUUUACCUUUCAACACCAUCACUCACACUCCUUCUCUUAGUAACACUUCUUCUCUGUACAUUUUCAUUCCAGGACGAUGGUAACUCCCUCUCCACUGUUGAAAAUAAAAUCAUCAACAAGAUUACAAAUCUUCUCCUCUCACAACUUGAGGCCAGAUCUAUUGAUUUGAGUAUUCCACAACUUAUGAAGAAUAUCACCCCAACUGUUCCCUAUUCAUCGACCAGUUAUCAAUCUGGAGCAACCUAUGUUUGUGGAACACCCUCUCAAUUCUAUGAUCGAAUUAAAUUGGCAAAUCUCGAACAUUUAGUUGGCUAUCUAAGGGAUGCCAAUGGAAAUUUAAUUGGACAUUGGUCAUCCACCUAUAGAUGUUAUCUCAAUUUGCAGAAUACCGAUUCUUGUAUAUAUCCAAUGGGAACUUUCUUUACCAAUUGCGCAAGUAAUAGUUUGCUGACUCUCCUCCCUACAAGAAAUAUGUUCUAUCACUUGUCUCUUGUCUCAACUUUAAAAUCAGACUUGAUACAAAUGUUGCUUCAGGAAAAGAGAUUAUUCAUCCUAUCUCAACAUUUAGAAACUAUUGUAAUUUGGGGAAGAGAUGCUGGAAUGGAUGCUGACAUGUUUGCUGAUAAAGUUCUUGCAUUCAAAUUGGAAUUGAGAAGUUUACAAACAAUUUUCAAUGAAAUUGUAAAAAGAUAUAGAGAUGCAUUGAAUCAAUAUGUGAAUCAAUUUGACAUUUAUUAUAAUUUGAAUGAAGAUACGAGUUUGGCAUUCUCCAAGUUGAAAACAUUUAUCAAUUCUGGAAGAUAUAACCUGGUCAAUUCAACAUUAACUUUCACAUAUAAUUCCAAGUCAUGUUUUCAUACUUUGAAAAAUGAUGUGAUUAGUGAAGGUGCUGGAGGAAAGACAUUUGAUUUGGUAGCUUCGUUUUGUGGAUCCAUUGAAUUUAUCGAUAGACACAACUCUAUUGUUAGUCAACUGAUGGAAAUUGUUGAAAACAAAUUCACACUCAAUGGACAAGUGACAGAGCAAUUAGCAACUCUAUUCAUUCAGGGUGACGCAAUUAUUCAAGAAUCUGAAUUUGAUUUCUUGAAUGAAUUUUAUCAAGAAACAAUUUCUUAUUUCACAAUGCCUGAUCCACAAUUGACCAUUUCUUUUGGCUAUUCCCUAUCAAGUAAUUCACAAAACGCAAGUAAAACACUUGUACUCACUCCAGAUGCAAUUGAAGUUCAAAUCUAUGAUCCCACAUUGAAAAACAAACCCGGCUCAAUCUUUCACUCUGAUUCUCAAUUACAAACUUCAACAUUUGAUGUCAUACAAGCAAUUAACUCACUUUCAUGGACAAGAGAUUCGAAUAUUGAAGGAGAUUACAAGAACAUCUUUAACAGCUUGAUAACAACAGAAUCCUCUUCAAGAUCCAUCAAUUCAAUCCUCAUUAACCAACCAUCAACAAACUCUUUCACAAUCAAUGGUAAAACAAGUAAAUUGAGAACUUCAAGGACAACCACAACUUAUAACUGUGAGAAGGGAAGAUAUGGACCAAAUUGUAAAUUAUGUAGUCCUGGAAAUUAUUCGCCAGGUGAUGGAUUAUUGUAUGUCUGUAAUAAUGGACCAAUUAAUCAGGUGAUUUAUACUCAAUCGGGAGAAAGUUCUGAAAAUUGUGCUUUCAAAUGUAAAGAUGGCAAAAGGUAUAGAGUUGGAAAUUCAUGUCAACCUAUUCCUAUUGGAUAUUAUUCGAAAGAUUCUGGAGGUGAAGUGUUGGCUCCAUGUACCUUGAAAGGAAAUUCAUUUGGUAUUUUAGACGAAAGUUUACAACAAGAACAUUUAACAAUAAUUUCAAGUGGAAAUCAAGGCUCAGAAAAUUCAUGUCAGGUGGCCCUGAAAAAACUCUUAUCCAUUCCAAAUGUCUAUACGAAACAUUCAUUCGAAUCUUCUUUCACAAUUUCAAUGCAUCUGAAACUUGCCGAUUUCAAUCAAUUUGAUUUUAUUUUGAAGAAUUACAAAAUUGGCUAUGGAAUAGUUUCAUUCUCUGAUUGGAUUUUCCAAAUGAAUUUAGAUUCAUUCUCAGCAGCAUCUCCCUACAAGUCAGUUUAUAUGCAAGUUAAAAAGAUUAAUUCAACAGAAACAUUUCUCAUUUCGACAAGUUUCGCCCACGAUACAGAUUGGCAUUUAUUUACUUUACAAUAUGAUGAACUAAACAAGAUACUAACUCUUUUCAGAGAUAAUUCAGUAAUUGGUACUUGUUACUUUUCCCUUAGUCAAUCUUCAUCUAGCUCUUUAGUUAUUGGAGGUUUAGUCAACUUUCUCAGCCCAACUCCAACCAUGUUCUUCCCAGGAAUGAUUUCCAAUUUCAAACUCUACAAUUCCCUACUUGGAAAUCAAAUACUCAAUCAAAACUAUUUCACACCCCAAACUUGCUCAUUCGAAACUUCAGUUCUCUAUGGAAACGGCAAAUGCUUGACUUUAUCAUGUCCAGAUUCUAAAAUGAUUCAGGAGCCAUCGACAUCCACGUGUCUAUGUCCAUUCGGUCGAUUCUUCAAUAAGGACACAAGUAAAUGUCAAGCAUGUCCAAUGGAAACAACUACAGGAAGUCUCCUUCCAAGAAAAUCCAUCAAGGAUUGUCAAUGCCUCCCUGAUUAUAUUUACAGUACCAAAUACGAAACGUGUGUCUUGGCGAAAUCUUCACUCUCGCCACCAAGUGCUGAAUUUCACUUUUUCAAUUCGAUGGGAAGUUAUAAGGAAUUGGAAUCGACCAUCCUCUCACAAAUGUAUUAUCCAGUCGGGGAGAUGAAGAUUUCAUUUAGUCCUAUAGAAUUUCAAUUCGAUGAAUUUCAUAAUAAUGAAACAAGUCCAAUGGAUUAUGUUUACAAUAUUAAGCUAGUUUUCAAUCAGACCAAAGUUGUGUGGAGUUAUGCAAUGAAUCUGGAAGAAUUGAAACAAUUUACCUAUCAAGCCAAUAUUACCGGUGACUAUGAUUUGUCCAUGUCCACCGAUUGUGAUGGACACAGAGCUGGACUUCUCUCAAAAAUAACAUUUCACAUUAGAGAAAGAGAUUUACAACCACUCAUCAAACCCAAACCAACCGAUCACCAAUUCGAUUCUCCCUUCCAACUUCGACUUUUACAACCCUACAAAACCAAGACAAGUAUUGUCAUUCUCUGUUAUGGAAGAGAAGAAUCCAACAUGACCUGUCUCGAAUACGAUGAAAAGCAAUUAUACAUAUUUGGACCUCCACUCCAUGUGAAAACCUUCUCCUAUGGUCCAAAUUUUCAAAGAUUACCUGGUCCAAUUAUUUCCUACUAUUAUGAAAGGACCUAUUCUGAAGCUCAAUUGUCUUUUAUUGAAAAACAAAAAGUUUUUAAUGAAAAUCUUGCAAAGAAACAAGAAAAUCUGAAAGAAAAUGAAGAAAAGAAGAAGGCAUCUGUUUUGUAUCAGGUUUUCAAUCCGUUUGUGGAAUGGUUUUUGACCUAUCCGAAUUAUUUGUGGUUUCCAAUUGUUUCAGGUGUUGUGGCUAUUGGAUAUGUUGUCUUGUUGGUGGUGAUUAGGUUUUGUGUGGCAAGGAGAAUUAAUCGAAAGAGAAAGGAGAAGGUAAAACAAUAUUUGAAGGAGAAGAAAGAUAUGGAGGAGUAUUUGAAACAAUUCCUACCACCACCAUUGAGGGAGAAGGGAUUUGAUGAUGCAGAUGAGUUGUUGGAUAGUGAGAACAAUAGUAGCGAAAGGAGUGGAAGUGAAACAGACGAAAGUGAUUCGAAUAAUGAGGAAACAAGCGAUGAAAGUGGAAGUGAGGAAGAUGAUAGCUAUGAAGAUGAUUCCAGUAACAAUGACUCAUCCGAUUCUGAAUCCAAGCCAUUGUCCAAAAAGAGAAAUGAAUCCAAUGUUCCAAAAAGAGAAGCACGAAUUACCAUUGUUGAAAACGCCGUUAGAAAUAUUCCAGAAAAAAAAACAUUACCUUCUCGUCCAACCUUAGCAAGAUUCAAAGAAGAAUCGUUCAAUAAUCAAGUUGAUGUGAAAUUACAAAAUAUUGGAGCCUCAAGAAAUCGAUUGAAUGGAAGAAAUGUUAUUGGCAACAAACCACUUCCAUCCCUUCCACAAUCAUCCUCUGAAUCAUCUUCAAGAAAUAAUCAAAUGAAAACUGAAAGAGUUUCAAAUAGUGACAUCAUUGAAGAGGAGACUCCUACUCAUUCGAAUAGAAACAUAGUAAGAAAGAAACCUCUUCCAAAACCACAACCUAAAAAAGAAAAUCAAGGUCCUAAAUAUCUAUUAUGUGGUGAUUGUGGUGGAAUUGCAAGAUUUUGGUGUAAGAGUUGUUCCAAAUACAUGUGCAUUCAAUGUAAUCAAAAAGAUAAUUCACAACUUCAUGAAACAAGCAAAUCCAAAGUAAUGGUUUGUGAUUAUUGUUUACAACCAAGAUCUGAGUUGAGGGAAGUUUUCUUGAAAGGUAAUUCUCAAAUGAAAAUGUAUGCCUGCAAGUUGUGUCUAGAAGAAUUGUAUGAAGAUAGAAAGGUCAAUCGGGUUGGAUCAGUUCUCAAAAGAUGUACAAAAUGUAUGGAUGAGGAAAUUUCAAAGAAUCAACCAGAAAAGAAAAUGUGUGAUAAUUGUAUUUACUUUAAUUAA